AUGGGUAGAGCAAGUUAUGGAUACUACCGAGGGACUAUAUUUUUGGCCAUGUUUGUUGGCUACACACUCUACUACUUUAACAGAAAGACAUUUUCUUUUGUGAUGCCUUCACUGAUGCAGGAAAUUGAGUUGGACAAGGAUGACUUGGGCAUGAUAACAAGCAGUCAGUCUUUGGCCUACGCUAUCAGUAAGUUCAUCAGUGGAGUGCUGUCAGAUCAGAUCAGUGCCCGCUGGCUCUUCUCUAUUGGCUUGUUCGCGGUGGGAGGCAUUAAUGUGAUCUUCUCAUGGUCGUCCACUGUGGCCGUCUUCUCUGCCCUGUGGUUCCUCAACGGCUUGGGUCAGGGCCUUGGCUGGCCUCCCUGUGGCAGGAUUCUGCGCAAGUGGUUUGAGCCCUCCCAGUUUGGAACAUGGUGGGCAAUCCUCUCAUGCAGCAUGAAUCUGGCUGGCAGCUUGGGCCCUAUUAUCGCCACAGUGCUGGCCCAGAGUUACAGCUGGAGGACCAUCCUAUCUGUGUCUGGAUUGAUCUGUGUAGUGGUCUCUUUUGUUUGCCUGUUGGUUAUCAAGAAUGAACCCAAGGAUGUUGGGCUACCUAAUAUUGAAGUGGCAGCUAAAAAGAGCAAAGGAGUGUCUUCAAGUGAUAAGAGCACCCUAUCCGAAUUUCUGCUCUCUCCUUACCUGUGGCUCCUCUCUGUGUCGUACCUUGUGGUGUUUGGAGUGAAGACAGCAUGUACUGACUGGGGUCAGCUUUUUCUCAUUCAGGACAAGGGACAGUCUACACUGAUGGGUAGCUCAUACAUGAGUGCCCUGGAGUUUGGAGGUCUUCUAGGCAGCCUGGCAGCAGGCUAUCUCUCUGACAAAGCUGUGGCCAAACAAGGCAUGAAAAUCUAUGGCAAUCCUCGCCACUUUGUCCUGAUCCUCAUGAUGGCAGGAAUGUCCCUGUCCAUGUAUUUGUUUAGAGUCGCAGUCUCGCCAGACAGCCCAAAGGUGUGGAUACUCUGUCUAGGUGCAGCAUUCGGAUUCUCUUCCUAUGGACCAAUAGCCUUGUUUGGCGUUAUAGCCAAUGAGAGCGCUCCGUCCAACUACUGUGGGACGUCACAUGCAAUUGUGGCCCUAAUGGCUAACAUUGGUGGCUUCCUCUCCGGGCUUCCAUUUAGCACCAUCGCCAAACAUCAUGGCUGGGAAAUGGCCUUCUGGGUUGCAGAGAUUGUCUGUGGCAUCACUACUGUCAGCUUCUUCCUGCUGCGUAACAUCCGGACUAAGAUGGGCCAUGUGUCCAAGAAGUCAAACUGA